AUGGGCAAAUACGACCUCCCGGCAGAAAUCGAGUACGCGCUGAAUAAAACACAGAGCUCCAUGUUAAGUUUUGUGGGUCAUUCGGAGGGAACGACACAAGCGUUCGUGGGUUUCUCCUUCGACCAGGAACUCGCGCAAAAAGUUUCUUACUUCGGAGCACUGGCUCCGGUCGCGUGGACUGGCCACUUGACAGCAAAAAUCUUUAAAGGGAUGGCAGACGUGCACCUCGAUAAACUAUUCCAGACGUUUGGCAUCUCCGAGUUCAUUGGGAAAAGCACUUUUUUUCAAGAAAUGAUCGCCGGGUUUGCUUGCACUGUAGUCGACGAGCUUUGCGACUCUGCGAUCGCUCUAAUUGCUGGUCCAUCCGUCAGUACGAACACUUCACGGAUACCAGUUUACAUUUCACAAACGCCAGCAGGGACGUCAGUUAAGAACAUGGCUCACUACGCACAGAAUGUUCGUGACGAGACUUUUGCACGCUAUGACUACGGCUGCAAGUGCAAACGGGACUUGGGUAUUGACGAAUGCUCCGAGAGCAAAUGUAAGAACAAGAAAGUGUACGGCAGCUUCGAUCCACCGCCGCUCCCCCUUGAAAAGAUGGUGUACCCUCGGACAGGUUUCUUCCUUGGAUCCGCAGACACCCUUGCGACGGCAACAGAUAUCGAGCAACUUCGCGACGCAUUGCCGUCGGGUACUAUCGUGCACGAACGUGCAGUUAAGGAGUACAGCCACUUGGAUAUGGUAUGGGCUUACAACGCCAACGAAAAACUAUACCAGGACUUGAUCGCACAGCUGGACAAGUACCAGGGAGUUGGUUAUACAGGCAUACCGGAACCAACCGGAUCAGGUAGCGAUAUGAAUUCAGCAUCUGUUGGAUCAGAGAUAGAUGAUAUUAUUGAGUCGAGGACUUCAUUCUCGUUCCGCCAACUAGACUAA